AUGGGAAGGCUCAAAGCAAAGAGGGAUUACGAAGACCUCAGGAAGACUCGCAUUUUGGAAAACCAGGCUAGAUUCGCUUCUUUGGGACUGCACAAAACCAUCUCAGAUCUUCGGUCCCUCACUUCUUCGGCUAAAUCAGAGAAGACCCAUGUGAGGAAAUACUGCAAAGUUGAUUAUUCUUGCUCGAUAUUGCGCCGGUCCAAUCGACUGAAGCGCAUUAGUGCUGAUUGCUCAACAUCUGAACCCAUUUCACUGCGUCGAUCCAAUCGGUUGAAAAGAAAUUAUGGCAGUUCAACUCCCUCACCAAAAGCAAAAGUGGGUCCUUUUGGAGAUGAAGGGGAACAGAAGAGGCCAACAAAUGCAGCUUUGGUGAGGAUAAAGGAUUGGAGUUCAUGGCUUUCGCCAGAGGUUUUAUCCAGGCGUUGCAGAAGCAAGAGCAGGGGAAGUGUUCAUGAUCCUGUGUUCGGAAUUUGUUGCCAUUUCUGCAGGUUCUCUACCUUGAAAACUUUGGUCCAACAAAAUCUUGUGGACAAUAAAAAAUUUUCAGAUGAUUAA